CCACGUUUCCCACCUAGCGAACGGUUUUAUUUUUAUCCAACGACGAUUUUCCAAUUUUCUCGCACGUUGUGUCCUUCCUUCGGGUCCAGUGUUCACCGGAUCGGUUUAUAGGUUAGUGUACGGCCGUGUGAUAUUGUACGUUCGAUAACUAUGCCCGAGUAGGUGGGUGAAGUAACCUCAAAAGUGAUCGGAGUGAAUUAGGAUUGGUUAAAGACCUAAUAAUAUUCCAAUUAAAAAAAAUAAUGAGGUGGCAGUGUAGCUGACCAAAGCCGCUUGGGUAUGGCGACAGGGUACUAGGAUGGACAGGCGGCGGUCAGUGAGGCGACAGGGGCGGCGCUACAGACGGCCUUGGUUCAAAAAAUGCAAAGAAUACGCUAGAAAUUUUAUAGCUUUUCUAUUUAGUAACGUAGGAAUUAUUGGACUUGUGAUAGGAUAUACUAUAGCUGGUUCGUUCAUGAUUCAAGCUUUGGAACGAGGAAAGCCCAUUCCAGUUCAAUUAUAUGCAAUAGGAAAUAGAACUAUGUUCGCCAAGAAGUUGUGGAAUAUAACCAUGGAGCUGAAUGCCAAUGUCAAGUUAAAAGAAAAGGAGUACCGUGAUACUAUUGACGUAGAACUGAUUCGAUUCCAAGAAAUUUUUGUAAAUUUAACAAGAAAAGGAUACGAUGGCAGUGAUGAUGCUUAUGGAUAUAAAUCAUGGAGUUUUGCAGGUGCAUUUUUGUAUUCCCUUACGGUAAUAACAACUAUUGGUUAUGGAAAUAUUUGGCCCCACACACCUCAAGGAAAGAUCGCCAGUAUUGUCUACGCAAUAAUCGGCAUGCCCUUGUUCCUGCUUUACCUGUCAAACAUUGGUGACGUGAUGGCAAAAUCAUUCAAAUGGAUUUAUGCCAAUUUUUGUUUAUGUCGAUGGUGUCCAGGGGUAGCGAAAAGGAGAGCUGAACGUAGAAUUCAAAGGGAUCAACAAAUGAUAGAAGAUGGCAGUUCUGAUAGUCAGAGUAGGAAAAGUAAUUCCUCUAGUGGUUCGCCCGAUGUUAGCAUAGAAAUGACCAACAUGAAUGCCCGACAAUCUGUUACUAGCGACGCUGUCACCAUGACGUCCAACGGAUCGUAUGACGUGGAAAGCGUUAAUGUGCCGAUCACAGUCUGCUUGAUGAUAAUGGUCGGGUACAUAUGCGGCGGUGCCAUCCUAUUCUUCCGCUGGGAGUUUGAUUCUGGCUGGACGUUUUUAGAUGCUUCUUACUUCUGUUUCAUCUCCCUGAGUACAAUCGGAUUUGGAGAUUUUGUCCCAGGAGACAAAAUCUACGGCCAAGGAGAAUUCGACGAGAUCCUAGAAUUAAAAUUCGUAUUUUGCUCCAUGUACCUGAUGCUAGGUAUGGCCUUGAUUGCUAUGUGUUUCAAUCUAAUGCAGGAAGAAGUUAUUAACAAAAUAAGAACCACCGUUCGCACAGUGAAGUACAUUUUCCGUUGCAGAAGAUGACUAAUUAAAGGAUCGUUGGAAGAGUUUCCAGGAAACCACACAGUACGCCGUGAAAAGACUGAAAAUGGAAUUACGUUUGGCUGCCUUUAUUUCUCUUCCGUACGAGGUGCGAUUAAAAUGUUCCCGGAAACUGCUACUUGACUAUGUCGAUUUUUUAAAUGGAUUUUUUUAUUGGACAUAAUAUGAUACUGUCAAUAUUAGACAUCUUUAUUUACAAUUAUAAUUAUUUGACAAUUUCUCGGCCACAAAUUCUACUAAUUAAUAUACUUUAAGCUUCAUUGAGUACCUCUAAAUUAAUAAAUUAGUGGAGCGGAAAAUUUGUUCCUCUAAUUUCAAUGAAAAUUCCAUACCUGUAAUUUUUAACUAAUCAAAACGUGUUUUUUUACAAAUCACUAUGGUAACGGAUAAAUUUUAUAGUGAAAUUUUUUUCCCUUGUGGGCACCCAACAGCGAAUUAUACUGGAAAUUUUUGACGUUUAUAAUGACAGAAUAUC